GACAGUAUUUGUGACAGCACAGAAAAACAUUGGACAAGUUUUGGUGCUCUGGGUUAUUUAAAUAUAAAUUUAUAUUUGCGCUGUUUAAGAGUUAUUACGUUAUAUUAAAAAUAUAUUUUUUUACUAAAAGUUUCUGGGUAAAUACGUUAAAUCAAGGCUAUGACACACAUUAAUGACUUCAUAGGUGUGGUGAGAGGUCUCCGGCAGGUACUAGAAGCUGGUAUUAAAAUCCAACAAGAAAAUUCUAGACUAAUAUGGAAUAACUCUAGUUUUCGGCCUUCUCUGCAGUCUUGUCCUACUAAUGCUCUAUCUUAUAAGCCUAGUGCUGAUAUGUCUAGCGAUGUUUUUGAUAGGGCCAUGAUUGUUAUUCAUGGUGUCAAAGAAUAUGUCACUAUGUAUAGAACUAAUCCAAUUAAUAAUGUACAUAGUGCAUCUAGUAUGGAUCCACAACUGCAAGAAGAAAUUGAAUUGCUCAACAAAGAGUUCAAUGAGACUUUUGAGAAUUUAAAACAGACUCAAAAGAAAAUAGUUUCUACUACAAUAACAUCACCCUCUGAACAAGUUUUGAAACCAAUUGAUAAAGUUGAAGAAGUUGCAAGACCUGUAAUAAGACCAGAAGCUUCAAAACAUUCAAAAGUUCCUUCUGUAGAAAAAGUUGUACCAGUCGCAGAGGCAAGCAGUUUGUCUAUUCCAAAGCCUGUAGCUAAAAAGAAGAUGAAGGUUUCUCUUAGUGAAAACUCAAAAGCUCGUGUGGUUCCCUCUUCUCGUAUAGGCAGGAUGAUGUCUUUCGGGUCGCUGGCUGCUGGGCUUGGUGUAGGUACAGUAGCACAGUAUGCAAGAAACACUCUACAGUCCAUGACAGGAAAGACGGAUGAUUCAGCAAAUGUUUUCCUGUCACCCGCCAAUGCAGAACGCAUUGUGGAUACCCUGUGUAAAGUCAGAGGUGCAGCUUUGAAGUUGGGACAACUGUUGAGCAUCCAGGAUGAGUCUGUUAUACCAUCGGAUCUGCAGCGUAUAUUUGACCGGGUUCGUCAGUCAGCUGACUUCAUGCCGGUAUGGCAAGUGGAGAAGGUCAUGAGUUCUCAACUGGGGACCGAUUGGAGGACUAAGAUACAACACUUUGAAGAGCAGCCCUUUGCUGCAGCUUCCAUUGGGCAAGUGCAUCUAGGGGUGCUACAUAAUGGUCAAGAGGUGGCCAUUAAAGUACAGUAUCCUGGUGUUGCCCAAGGAAUCAACAGUGAUAUUGACAACCUCGUUGGAGUGUUGAAAGUGUGGAAUAUGUUCCCAAAAGGAAUGUUCAUAGACAAUGUAGUGGAAGUCGCAAAGAAGGAACUUGCAUGGGAAGUGGAUUACAGAAGGGAGGCAGAAUGCACUAAGAAAUUUAAACAACUGCUUUCUUCAUACAAUGAGUACUUUGUACCUGCGGUUAUAGACGAACUCUGUGCCCAGGAGGUAAUAACAACAGAGUUAAUAGAUGGUACACCCCUCGACAAACUCUUUGAUGCUGACUAUCACGUUAGAUAUGACAUCGCUUACAAGAUCAUGCAGCUCUGUCUGCGUGAAAUGUUUGUGUUGAGAUGUAUGCAGACAGAUCCGAAUUGGGCUAAUUUCUUUUACAACACAAACACCAAGCAGGUAAUUCUUUUGGACUUUGGUGCAACUAGAGAAUAUUCGAAAGACUUCAUGGACCAAUACAUUCAAAUAAUUAAAGCUGCUUCUAUGGGUGAUCGCGCCGCCAUAUUGAAGAAGUCUUUGGAAAUGAAAUUCCUUACAGGAUAUGAGUCCAAGAUAAUGGAAGAAACGCACGUGGAUAUGGUAAUGAUAAUGGGCGAGGUUUUCACUAUGGAAGGCGAAGAAUUUGAUUUUGGCACGCAAAAAACUACACGACGUAUACAGAGUUUAGUGCCCACAGUGCUAACUCACAGACUGUGCCCACCGCCGGAGGAAAUAUAUUCGCUGCAUAGAAAACUGUCCGGAGUAUUCUUACUCUGUUCAAAACUCAAAGUCAAAAUGAACUGUAGGGACAUGUUUAAUGAAAUCUAUGAUCAAUAUCAGUUCUCGACGUAAAUACACGCAUCCAUAUGAAAUAUUAGGGGAAGAGGUACAAGGGUCCUUCACGUUACGAGUCUUAUAUAACAGGAGCUUCUAAUAAUUUUCAGUACUUAUUUACAUAUUAAUUAUUAUUCUCACUUGUAUAGACUUGGACAAUGUUCAAGUCUUGUUUAUCAAGCUUUAAGUUUAAGGUUGAAUCUGUAGCUGAAAUGCUUUCUUAAUUCCGUAUCGAUAUUUCCGAUUGAAUAAAACCGUAUUAAGUUUGUCACUUUUUAAGAGUUAUGAAGGUACGGCUCUAUUUUUUUUAUUUCGCUUUUGGUUGUAAUAUUUAUAAUAUACUUGGCAUAUGUGAAUGCCAUAAAAUCUUUGGUUGUAGACAAUAGUCCAUUGGUGAUAUCGCUAGUUGUUCGUCUUAGUCUCUUGAGGUAUUCUUUUCAAGGUCCACUAACAAGGUCUAGGAUUAAAUGAGAUAACUAAAAUUUUUAUGCAAGGGUCGUGUAAUGCACAGCAUGUGUCCGCGUUGCCAAUUUAUAUUAGAAUAACUUUUAAUCUGUUAAAUUAACUAAAAUUAAAGUACAAAACAAACGCCAUGUUUCCGCUGUUAGUGUAAAAACGCGUGAUAUCCGAAGCCAAUUAACGUGCUCUAGUAAGAAGAUGGCGAGGCAUCAUUAAAAACAGAUGGCAAGCCAGAAAAGUUGUGCUUGGUAUUUCGCGCGACAUAGUAAUGAAUGAAUCCCGUCUCGCGCCCUGCUUCCCUUACAAUUGUUUUGUAAGAUUAAUACAAUAUGGUGUAUGUAAAAAAAUGUUAUAUGAGAGUAAGGAAGGUCCUUAAAUAUUUUGAUACUCGACAGUUUUACAUUUUUUUUUUAAAUUAAAAAUUAAUAAAAAAUAUUAUAUUGUUAUUGUUUGGAAUGAUAUAAUAGUUACUAACUUUGUUUUAAAAUCUCACGCACGAUAUGUGUGUGUAUAUUGUAAGUGAGAACAUUUUAAUUAAUAAAUUAAUUGCGCUGUGAAUGCAAGCACAAAAAUUAUAUAUUUAUUUGUUUAAAUAACGACACUGUAUUAAUUAAGACUAAGCUACCUCUGGAAUAAAAUAUAAAAAGGAGUUA